UAGCAAUUGUAGAUUCAUGUGCUGGUCAGAUACCUGGUAGUAGUCGUUACUCAAGUAGCUGCAGUCACCGUCGCACAGUUUCACAUCCGAUUGGACACGCGCGUGUCCGAGACAAGCAUCCACCAUGCGGUUUCCCGCCGUCUCGCUCUUCUCAGCUAUUGCGCUCACAGCGCUUGCAGAAACGACGCCUGAUCCUUCCGGUUCAAAUAGCUCCCAAGCCAUAGUUUCCGAUGGUAUAGAAGGAGACGAUGCAGCAAAGUUAUUGCAGUCGAUCCAAGCAAAUUCCACCGACUCUUGCCAAGCAGCAUGCGCUUCGCUCCUGGGAGAAUUCGGCGCUGCUAAAGUUGCGGGCAGCGAAGACCCGGACUAUAAAGCCGCGAUUGACGGCUUCUGGUCCCAGCAGCAGCGAGAGCCCGUACCACGCUGCAUAUUCCGGCCCGAGACGGCGCAAGAAGUUGCGAAUGUAGUGCGUGUGUCCCAGGCGAACAAGUGUCGGUUUGCAUUUCGGAGUGGAGGCCAUGCCCAAUUUGCAGGUGCAUCCAACGCAGAUGGAGGCAUAACUGUACUUUUUGAACGCAUGGCAGGCAUUACGUUGUCUGAAGACAAAAAGAUUGCUUCAAUUGGACCCGGGGCCCUCUGGAUGGACAUUUACACCAACCUGGCUGAACACAACCUCGCGGUCGUGGGUGGCCGUGUCGCUGACGUUGGUAUUGGAGGACUUAUGACAGGCGGUGGCAUUUCCUACUUUUCCAACCAGUAUGGGUGGGCAUGCGACAACGUUGCGUCGUAUGAAGUCGUCCUUGCAGACGGACGCAUUGUGACUGCCACACCUGAUUCAGAAUACUCCGAUCUCUUCUGGGCAUUGCGCGGCGGUGGCAACAACGUUGGCAUCGUGACCCAAUUCAAUCUCGAGACUUUUGCUCACGGCCCCCUCAUGUAUGGUGGAAACCGAGUAUUCAUCAACGAAAGUUUCUCAGCCGCCAUCGAUGCCUUUGUCGACCUAGCCAAGAAUGUAGAGAAAGACCCCAAGGCCACGCAGUUCCUGUCCUUUGCCCUCGACACAAGGAACAACAUGCGACUUGCAGUUGCCGAUCUCCAAUACGCAGACCCAAAGGCGGACGCACCCAUUUUCGACACGUGGAACAAAGUCCCUGCGAUUGUCGACAACACCAAAAUCGACAGCCUGGUUAACUUAAGCUUGGCUCUGGCGGCACCCAGCCCAAGUGGUAUGCGACAAUCCUACUGGACCGCGUCUGUGAAACUCAAAGACCGUGAAAUCAUCGACCGCCUCGUCGACAUCACCUUUGACGUUUUCGACAAGCUCGCACACGUACCGGGUAUCGGGCCCGCACAAACCUUCCAAGUCGUCACCGAGCCACAGCUCAAGAACAUGGAGAAAAACGGCGGCAACGCCCUUGGUCUCUCCGUCUCCGACGGCCCUUUUCUCCUGCUCCUCCAGUCGUUCGCGUGGGUCAACUCCGAGGACGACGAGCUCGUGCUCAAGACUGCCGCGGACAUGGUUGCACAAAUCAAAAAGGUGAGCAAGGACCUGGGCGUAGAUCACGACUACCUGUACAUGAACUACGCGAGCCAAUUCCAGGACGUGAUUACGAGUUAUGGCGAGAGCGCGAAGAAGCUAAAGGAUAUUGCGCGCAAGUACGACCCCGAGGGCGUUUUCCAGACGCUGCAGCCGGGAUACCACAAGCUGAACGGGCCGAAGAGCCAGGACUUGCCUGUUUGGGAUCGCAUCAAAUCUUUUUUCAAUGAGAAGUUCUCGUAAAGAGAGAAGAGUCAUCGCGAUACCAGAGUCGACACUCGAAUCUGACACGCGAGGGAAAUGAAUGAAUGAUGUGAGACGAAACUGUCCAACAGUUACAUGUACCUAGCUUUUUAGAGCAGAGAAACCAUGCUGUGAAAAUGUCAAUGGCUGUCAAAAGCAUAGUUAAAGGAAAC